AGCUGCACUGGCAGAAGUAGUCUGGCAACACUGCUAAAAAAAUGAAUAGACAAAAAAUCAUGAUUAAUACUUUUGAUUAAGCUAUAUCAGUGACUAGUUUUCAUAUCUUCGGUAGAGAAACAGUUGUUUUGGGCAAAACAAACAAAGCGAUUUUACUCGGACAGCAUAAUGGUAAAAUACUUAAGCCAAACCGAAGCCAUCAAUGUGGACCAAGAGCUCUUCAAUGAGUACAAGUUUAGCGUGGACCAGCUAAUGGAGCUAGCUGGACUGAGUUGCGCGCACGCCAUUAGCAAAUGCUUCCCAACAGAUAAGUAUGGUCGUGUCCUGAUUUGCUGCGGACCUGGCAAUAAUGGAGGCGAUGGAUUAGUUUGCGCCCGCCACUUAGCCCUCAUGGGGUAUUCACCAACAAUAUACUACCCAAAACCCACACCAAAGCCGUUGUACGAAAACUUAAGCCACCAAUGCAAACUGAUGGAGAUCUGCAGAGUGAAAGACUGUCCGGCUAACAAAGAGGCUGCCUCCAAUUUUGACCUCAUAGUAGAUGCUCUUUUUGGUUUCAGCUUUAAGCCUCCAGUAAGGGCAGAAUUUGAAGCCAUAAUUAAAUUGAUGCAAAAUACCACGUUGCCCAUAGCGAGUGUGGAUAUUCCCAGCGGUUGGGAUGUGGAGAAAGGAAAGGUUAAAGACUGCGAUCUGGAACCAGCUUUGCUAAUUUCCCUAACCGCUCCCAAAAUAUGCGCCCGGCAUUUCAAAGGUGAACAUUAUCUGGGCGGGAGAUUCGUCCCUCCGGCACUGCAACGCAAGUACGAUCUCAACUUGCCAACCUAUCCGGGCAACGACCUAUGCGUCAAACUGUGAUUUAUUUAAUCAAUUGGAAAUCAAAAAAUUGCUAUUGUUAUAUUCACUACCAAAUAAAAACGAGAAAAAAAAAGAAGGAGAGAUAACUCCGGUCGCAGCCAAA